GAAAGAAAAGAUACGACACAUUCAUGCAUCUGUUUUUUUUUUACAAAAAAUAAGGUAUACAGUUCUGCAAAUAUAUUUAAACGAAAAAUGAAUUUAGGUAUAUUCUCUCUCGUUUACUACCAUCAUAUCUACUGGUCAAAGUAUGUUAUUGCAAACUUAGGUUUGCUAGCUUAAUGAAUACUUGGUAGUAACUGAUAAGCGGAUUGUCGUCAGUAAAUCUAACAAUUGAUUAUUCAGGCAUUCUAGGGAUAAUAUAAUGACGUGGCAAAACGAGCAAUUCCUGGAAGUUUUACGAUGUCCUGUAUUGGUUGUUGGAGUUGGUGGUAUUGGUUGCGAAUUGCUCAAAAAUUUAGCCUUAACCGGCUUUUCCAACAUCGAAAUUAUUGACUUGGAUAUAAUUGAUGUAAGCAAUCUGAAUCGACAAUUCUUGUUUCGUCGUGAACACGUUGGUAAACCAAAAGCAGUUAUUGCCGCAGAAGCAAUUCGAUCAAUUGCUCCUAAUGUAAAAAUUGUGUGCUACCAUGAUUCAGUGCUAAAAGAAGAAUACGGUGUCGACUUUUUCCAGAAAUUUACAGUGGUUCUUAGUGCACUGGAUAACAUAGCCGCGCGAAAUCAUAUCAAUCGACUUUGCUUAGCAGCUCGAGUACCUUUAAUUGAAAGUGGUUCUUCCGGUUAUUUGGGACAUGUACGCCCAAUAAUUCGUGAUUACACCGAGUGUUAUGAAUGUAAUCCAAAGACAGCGCAAAAAACGUAUCCUGGAUGUACGAUCCGUAACACACCAUCGGAGCAUAUCCAUUGCAUUGUUUGGGCAAAACAUCUUUUUAAUCAACUUUUUGGUGAGCCGGAUGACGAAGAUGAAGUGUCUCCGGAUUUAACAGAUGCUGAGAAUCAGGAUGGUCCGAGUAUAAAUAGUGAUGGAGAAAAUGGAGAUUCAACUCUUAAUACGAAACAAAAUGAUGGUGGUGAUCCGCCUGUACAUGGUGACAGUGAUGGGCUUUUGAAUAGAAUCAGUACACGAAAAUGGGCUGUCGAAAACGAUUAUGACCCAAAAAUUCUUUUCAGAAAAUUCUUUCACAGUGAUAUCAAUUACCUUUUGAGUAUGACGAAUUUGUGGAAGCAAAGAAGGAAACCCUUUCCGCUGGAAUGGGAUAAUCUUCCGAAUGAAAAUGCAAGUUCAAGCAACAAUGAACCGAACGCGGAGCUUUGGACAGUUCUGCAAUGUAAGGAAGCUUUUGAAAAUGCUGUCUCUACAUUGAGCAAACGUGUUAAAGAUGGAUCAGUGUUAUCGUGGGAUAAGGAUGAUGAACCGGCAAUGCAUUUUGUAGCAGCAUGUGCUAAUCUUCGUGCCCAUAUCUUUAGCAUCCCUCUUAAAACGUUUUUCGAUAUAAAAUCGAUGGCCGGCAAUAUUAUACCAGCAAUUGCUACUACAAAUGCUAUAGUAGCGGGAAUGAUCGUUACUGAAGCACUAAAAGUUGUUUUCGGUACGAAGGACAAACUGCGAAAUGUUUUCAUAAAACCGAAGCCAAAUCCACGUGGUAAAAUUUUAAUUGAGGAAGUGCCCUCUAAGCCUAAUCAACAGUGUUACGUUUGCUCGGAACGACGAGAAAUAACACUGAAACUAAAUGUUAAAUUAACCGUUGUUCAUUCGUUGGAAAACAAGUUUUUAAAGGGAAUUUUGCAUAUGGUAGCACCUGAUGUUAUGAUUUCUCUAACUGGCAAUAUCAUUAUUUCAAGUGAAGUAGGUGAAACUAAAGCCAUUAGUGAGCGGAUUCUGGAAAAAGUGGGUGUUGUUCAUGGUUGCAUCUUAGAAUGCGAUGAUUUCUUGCAAAGAUUGGAACUUCGGAUUCGUAUUGAGCACACCAGUGAACUGAAGGCUGACGAGUUUGUGAUAGCAAUGGACACUGGUGUCACUACAGCAAAUGGACAAAAAAGAUGGAGAGCAAGAAAAUAGGAAAAAGAGGUCAUUGUCCGCAACUGAUGAAUGUUCACCAGCUAAAAUUCGGAAAUGUGAUAGUGAAAUUAAUUCAUAGUGUCGGAUUAUAUUCCUUUCGUUUAUUAUUGAAAUUUUUUGCUUAUUUUGUCCUUUGCUUACCUUAAAUUUUUUUACUUUCUGAGAUUCUUAUUUUGCCACACGUGCAGAAUCUAUUUAUUACAAGGUUUCAGUCCUGGAACGCAAUUAAUUUGGC